AUGGCGGGUCCACUAGGAGGGCUUGGGGCCCUUGUGGGUCCUGCCUUGGGCCUUGGGCCUGGAAGGAGGAGGAGGAGGCCCCUCUGCCCUGAAGCCCCUGGGGAGGGCGCGCUUUGCCUGUGGGCUGCCAAGGAGGAGGAGGAGGAGGAGGAGGAGGAAGGGCCAGACGCCCAGCAGCCGGCCUUCUUGGCAGAGAGAGCGCGAGAGCUCGGGAGACGAAGGCUGCGGGGCUGCCUGCUGCCGGUGGGUCUCCCUGGCUGGCCCCUUCCUGCUGGGUCCCUUGGAGCCGCCUUGGCCAUGGGAGCCUGGACCCGGGCAGCGGUGUUCCUCUGCAGCCUGGCAGCUGCUGCCACCCUGGGCUCAGCUGAUGAGGACUGCAAAUGGUACAUGGACAGAAAUGGCUCCUUGCAUCAUGGCUUCGACUGCUAUUUUCCCUAUUUCUGCUGUGGUGACUGUUAUCAUCGUUACUGCUGCACCGACCUCAGGAAACUCAUCUCUGAGCGGCAGCAAAAGCACUGCAUGGCAUUCAACCCAAGAACCAUUGCUGGCAUUGCUUCAGCUGUGAUACUCUUCGUGGCCAUUGUUGCCACCAUUGUCUGCUGCUUUCUGUGCUCCUGUUGCUACCUGUACCAGCGACGGCAUCACAUCCAGACACCUUAUCAAGGUCAGGAGAUCCCAUUGUCUGGCUACCCUCCUCAGCCUCCAGGCCCUUACCCUAUGGAUCCCAAGGCAGGACCAGCACCAUUUCAUCCUGGAUAUGCACCUGUGGCUGCAUACCCCCCUACAGCCCCAGCUGCACAGUAUCCUCUAUACCCACCUGGGCCACCCUAUUACAACCCUUCAGCUCCUCCACCCUAUCUCCCACCACAGACAUCACAGGCUAGCACCUGAGGAGAAUCUUGCAGAGACUAUGCAAUGAAAGCUUUUCUCUCUGGGCCUGUCAGAUCCAUCUCCGCAGAAUUUGUAUGGACUUCCUGAUGCACUGGAAUUCCAGCACAAGCUUCAGUAUUGGCCAAUUUCCUUACUAGCUGCCUUUAUGCUCUGCAUGGUAGGAAGCAUUAUGACUACUUCUUUGCUGCCAGCAUUCCCCACACUUCGUGCCACUGUCACUGAGGGAAGCACCCAGUCCUCUUCAUUUCCCACCCAGGCUCAGUAAGUUAUGGCACCAACGCAGAUGACCAAGGCUGGUACAAAUGCCAUCAAUGUUCCCCCAUCCCAAAUCCACCUCAGCUUCUUCAGUGGGAGCUGGUAAAGCAGCAGUCUCAAGACAACAAGGGGAGACAACUUUUCACCUGGCAAGAAGACAGCCUUUCUCACAUAGGGACAUUGCUUCUCCCUUUUUCCUGAUAAAGCAUGAGGCUCAGUCAUGUGGCAUGUUGUACACUUCUGCCCAUUUGUGGUUUGGUGUCUUCAGAAAGACCUGAUCCUUUAAAAAGAUGGAUGCGAGAGUGCUAGAAUAUGUCAAAAUUCCAGAGGAACUUUAUACUGUUACACAUCAUUGAACCACAUGGGUAUCAACGUGGUUGGUGUAUGGAAUGGAUACAAUAUGGAAGUCCUAUGUAGCCUACUCUGAGCUAUCCAAAAGGAAAAUAUUAACAUAAAGUAUAAAUUGGAAAGGGUGUAUGAGCCUAGAACAUGGGUGGGGAUGAUGAGGCUUUCCAAUUGUUGUUGGAUUGCAACUCCUAUGAUUUCUAGCCAGCAUAGACAAUGAGGGAAUGUGGGAAUACUAGUGCAAUAUCUGGAGCCUCCUACUUAAUUCCAUACCUAGAGCAGAACCCUUGCAAGAGAUGGGAUGAGAUUCUGGGAGGAGCAGGCAAAGUGUUGUCUUACGUGGUGCUUAGCACAAACUGAGGAAGUUUCAGUGUCUUUGUAGGAUUUGAGGAUUUUGAGGCCAAGUGUCCCUUCUGUCCUUCUUUUGCAAAUUUGAAGGGACAUUUCUGAAGUUCUUUUGCAAACUGAGGCUGUGUUUUCCUUGGGCACUGACAAGGGAAAAAAAGGCAAUGAAGGUACGGUAGAUGGGAAUACUUCAAAUUUUCAGGGAGCACAAAAAGCUGGUUGUCAUGUUGUGGUUUCAGAUGAAAGCUACACUGAAAAUGUUGCAUCUGUUUUGUAGAAUAAAAUGAAGCUUGGAUAUCUGGAAGUGAAAAACAACUGUUGAUGUGUGCAGGGAUAUGAAGUCUUUAACCAUGAUGAGACAAGCGGUAGCCCUGUUUUGCUAGUUUGUACAUGUUAAUUCAGCUAAAAGUACUGGCAUUGCCCAUUUUUUACCAGUGAAGCUGAAUGCAAAAAGUACCUGGAAGAUUCAGGAGCCUAGAAAUGUUACUUGUUUGGACUACCGCUCCAGAAAUCCUUCCAGCAAGCAUGACCACUGACUGUACCAGCUGGGGCAUUCUGUGAGGUGGGAGUCACCAAAAUAAAACUUUUUCAGACUCUGGCUGGAUCUUGCACUUAAUGGUGGAAGGGUGGCUUGAUUGAAACUAGCUUAGCAACAAAGUCCUCACAUAAAUGAGGAUACCCUGACCAUAUGGCUGAGAGGAAAUUGGAGAUAGGAGUAUGGCAUUGAUUAAAAUCAGAUAGUCAAAUGCAAAUAAACUCAGUCAGCUGUUUUCUUUCCCUGUCCUUUAGAGUCUUUUUCAGGCUCCUAUUGCCUUUCCUUCCUACUUCAGUUCCUUUUGAGAAUAGCCAGUAGCCAGAAUCCUGUUCAGGCUUUGUGCUAGCAUAGCUAGGAGUUGCAGUAGUGGAUCUGCUUUGUAUGAUGUUAUGGUAAGUAGGUAUCCAGUACCCCUUUACAUGAGUUGUUUGCCCAGUAGUUCAGUCGCUGUCAGAUGGCACCUGAGUAUAGCUUUCUUUCCAUCCAAAUAGCCACUGAUGUAAAAAUAUGUGUAAAAGAUAGUGUACUCCCCUGUAUAGAAGCUGAUAGCAUUGCCAGUUAAAUCUUGCAAACAGCAGAAUAAGAGGAUCAAGACAGGCUGUGUAGUACAUGCAGGUCUAUUCCAGUAGUGGAAUACCUGGGUUCAGCUCAGGAGGAGCAGUCAAGGGACUGUCACUGCUACCUCUUGCAUUUACUGCCUAAAACAGUUGCUCAUCUCAUUCUACCCAAGGAUAGAACUAGUUCUGAUUCUAACUCAGCCAGUUAAUCCAUUCUCUUUGUUUCCUUGAUCUGCACCUUUAUAUAACAUUGAUUACUUCAGCUGUCUCAGCUUUGUUUGUGGUCAGUAGGGAUGGAGCAUGUCCACUAAGAUCUUGAAAAUGAAGUUCUCUCUCCUUUGUAGCAAAGCCACAUUUGCUGUAGAGCUUCCCAGUGCUUUGUGUGUAUUCUUGCUGCCCUAUAGCUCACCAGUCUGCCACUCAAUCUUGUCCUUCCUCUCAGACAAGGGCAGUAUUCUGUCUGUGGAGAUGAGAAUGCAAGGUAAUGUUUCACCUGCUGCAGGGAUACUUUGCCUUUUCUCCAGAUAGUAUUGCAAACUGUGUUUAAUUUUCUUAAAGCAAAAUUAAGGCCCCAGGAGAAAGCAGUGUGGGUGGGUUUGGGGAACAAAGGCACCAUGCAGGGUACAAAGGCAGUCCUUGUGCAAGGUAGGGUGGGGGAAUACAUUUGCAUGAUGAUCUCCCAGCAGUGAAGCAAUUCACCAGGGGUUCACGACACUUAGCAACUAGGGAAGUCAAUGGCCCCAUUGUGAAGAAAGGCAAUGCACUGUGCAUGUGGGUUUUUAUGUUUUUUUGCUUUGGGCUUUGUCUCUCAAAUAAAGCACAAUCUUGCAGACCCAGAGCUUUAUUACCUAAGUGUUGAGAACAUCCUCUGGGUGUCUCUCUUUUCUUGCGCUUUGAUGUCUUUGAGUACUGUAAGAAAAUAUCUGAAUUGGAGGCAGGAGGGAUUUAUAGCCUCAAACCCCUGAGCUCAAGCCUUUCCCCCCCACUGUGUGGGGAUGACCUGUCUGUGUUCCAGCAGCACUUACCACUGCUGUGUCAUGUAACAGUUAGAAUGGCAGGUGUUUGCAUCACAAAAUGUUUGCUAAAAUGUGGAUUAAACAAGUAAAUACUAAA